AAACCACCAAACGAAGAUAGAGUCUGCUGUUUUUUUCUCUGUUAAGCAAACCUCUUUAUAUAUCCAAUCCCAAAUCUCUGUUAACCAAUCAUUUGGAAAAGGAAAGAAAGAAAGAAAGCAAUAGAGAAGAUGAAGAAGUUGUCGUCAUGGCUUCCUGGACCAACAAAGAAGCUCCAUGUGAAGAUGAAACCAUUGAAGCUUGAAGGAGUCUGCGUGGGAGAUGUAGAAGAUGGAAAGGAAAGAAUAGUUGUUGUCGUGAUGAAAUGGAAAGGACCCAGAGCUAGAUUUGUUCCAUUUUACCAUAGAGUUAUUAAAUGCCCAAAAAAUUACAGCAGCCAUAAAUUCUUGAAGAAAGGAGAGGCGAUUGAAUGGGACGAGGAGUUUGAGAAUAUAUGUAGUUUCUCGAUGGCUUCCAGAGACAGUAAUAAUAAUAAUUCUUUUAGUUCAUGGGAUGUAUCCUUCAAGGUUUUAUACGGUAAGGAUGCGAAAUCCAAGACUAAAUUAGAAGUGCUGGGAAAGGUUUCGUUGAAUAUAGCAGAAUUGGCUUCCAAGAUGGAUUCUCAGAUGGAGGAAAAGCUGCCUGUUUCUGUACGUAUUGAUGGCGGAGUAGAAAAUCAAGCUACCCUUUCUAUAUGCGUGAGCUUUGCUGAGGUAAGGAAUUCUAUUGACCACCCAGAAAUCAUUCAAAACUCGGCAGAGUCAGAUGAUAAAGAAGGAUUGCCUAAAAUAGCUUCUAGCCUAACACCGUCUAAGAACAAAAUCGAUGAAGAAGGCCCACUGAGUUUUUCUUACUCGAAUGACUUAUUCGGAAAUGAGUCGAUUGGCAAUACAGGGAAAGAGUUGGGAUCAUCCUCCCCGGAUUCACAGACUCGGCGCAACUCUCGCCUGAGAGUGAACUUGUGUUUAGGGGAGAAGAAAAGGUGGAGCUUUCCAUUGUUUAGGAGGAAAAGAGAACCAUUGAUUGAGAAGAUUAAUGCAGAAAAUGAUGUAGUCGAAAAUAAAGUUGCCAACUUCGAUAAUUCCAAUGCCCGACAGGAAGACGAGAGCAGCAUCUCAGGAGACUUCUGGGAGGUGAAAGAAUUAGUCAGCAGAGAUGGGCAAGCAAAACUCAAUGCCAAUGUGUUCUUCGCUUCCUUUGAUCAAAGAAGUGAGAAGGCUGAUGGACAAAGCGCCUGUGCAACAUUAGCCACAGUCAUUGUCCACUGGCUUCAAUCAAACCAAGACUUUGUCCUGAUGCCAUCGGCAUCACAAUUUGAUAGCCUUAUAGCAGAAGGAUCCUCCAAGUGGCGCAAACUCUGCAACGAUCAGUCCUAUAUGAACUCCUUCCCAGAUAACCACUUUGAUCUUGAGACAGUUUUGAAGGCUGAUCUCAGGCCUUUAACCAUCUUGGGCAAUAAAUCUUUUACUGGGAUUUUUAGCCCGGAAAAGUUUGAAAACUUAAAGGGAGCCAAGUCUUUUGAUGAUAUAUGGAAAGAAAUAAGUAGCAGUACUGAAGAUUAUGAUCAGAGGAUCUAUAUUGUGAGUUGGAAUGAUCAUUUCUUUGUGUUGAAAGCAAAUGCUGAUGCUUUCUACAUCAUUGAUUCCUUAGGAGAGAGGCUCUUUGAGGGCUGCAACCAGGCAUACAUCUUAAAGUUUGAUGAGUCGUCUGUGAUGCACGGGAAGGUGGUGAAAGAAGAGGACGAUUCCAAUGAAAUGACAGCAACAGAGAAGCCCAAAGAUGAUGAGGAAGAAAGGGCAGAGAUAAUUUGCAAAGGGAAAGAGUGCUGUAGAGAGUUCAUUAAAAGAUUCCUGGCUGCCAUACCACUAAAGGAACUUGAGGAGGAAGAGAAAAAGGGAAAAGUUUCUACAUUCUCUCUCCUCCAAAGACUGCAGAUUGAUUUCCACUACUGCUCUUCUUCGACCUCCUCUUCACUUGCAUCACCUACUUCCUCUCACUUCUCCAGUGAUGGGUGCAUUACCUAGUGUAGCUCAAUUGUGUACAGCAUCUGAUUUUGUUUUACUUAAGAGACUACAGAUAUAAAUGUUCUAUUGCUCUCAAGAAAAAGCUCAACUCUCAAAAAAUGAGCCUAAAAGUACUUUAGUAUGCUAAAAUCAGUGUUCUUCAUAACACGAUUAAUUGUUUAUGGGAAAAUUAGCUCAAGCCUAGUUUUUCCAAGAAUAAAUUAUCGUAAAUCAAUUGCUGAUUUUACUCA